AUGGCCGAAACUAUUAAAUCCUUGGAGCCGAUCGAGACUCGUUUGUUUAUUAGCGGCGAGUUUCGAAAUUCUUCCAGUGGCAAAACCUUCGACGUGAUCUACCCCUAUACGAAAGAGGUUGUUGCACAAGUCCAAGAAGCCGAUGUCAAAGAUGUGAAUGACGCUGUCGAUGCUGCUGAAGCCGCUUUUCCAGCUUGGAGAGACCUAGGCGUUGAAAAGAGAGGCGAUUAUCUCCGCAAGCUCUCCGACGCUGUUCGCGAAAGCAUUCCCGAUUUGGGUAAACUGGAGACACUCAGUAUUGGUCGCCCAGUCUCGAUGUACCCUGACGGGAAAUUGGCUGCGGACCAUUUCAGAUUCUUCGCCGACCAUGCCUGGAACAUACAAGGUACAGCUAGUACCAACACUCCAGGACUCUUCAAGAUGACUAUAAAGGAGCCAUAUGGCGUGACAGGGCUGAUUAUCCCCUGGAACUUCCCGAUGGCUAACCUAGCUGGCAAAUUGGCACCUGCAUUGGCGGCAGGUAACACUGUUGUCUUGAAGAGUAGCGAGAAGGCACCAUUGACGUCUCUCUAUUUUGCCAAAUUGGUUGAGAAAAUCGGUUUCCCACCCGGUGUCGUGAACAUCAUUUCCGGCUUCGGCCAACCUGCCGGCUCAACUCUUGCAGAACACAUGAAGGUCCGCGCAAUUAGUUUCACAGGCUCAUCACUCACGGGUCAAAGAAUCCAUGCUGCAUCUGCCAAGUCAAACCUAAAGCAUGUGCACACUGAGCUGGGCGGCAAGUCACCCGCCAUCAUCUUCGACGAUGCAAACCUCGAAUCUGCAGCCCAGCACACCAUGUUCGGUAUCCAGCUCAACAGUGGCCAAGUCUGUGUUGCAAACUCCCGAGUUUAUGUCCAAGAGAACGUAAAGGAAAAAUUCAUGCAUUGUUUCCAGGCGGCGAUGGCUAGUGUGAAGAUUGGUGACCCGCUCGAUCCAAGCACCCAACAUGGCCCACAGAUUGAUCACUUACAGUACAAGCGAGUAAAAGAAUACAUUGAACUUGCUGAGAAGGAAGGUAAAAUUACUCUUGGAGGAAAUCCCGAUGACGGAUACUUUAUCAAGCCCACAAUUAUUGAGGAUCUGUCAGAGGAUUCACGAGUGAUGAAAGAGGAGAUCUUCGGACCUGUUGUUGCCGUGCAGACGUUCAAGACAGAAGAUGAGGGUAUUCAAAAAGCCAAUGCCACUGAGUUCGGGCUGUUUGCGUCGGUCUUCACCACGGAUCUGGAUCGGGCGAUUCGUCUGUCAAGGGCUAUCCAAGCUGGUACCAUUGCGGUAAAUGCCACUGGUCCCGCCAGUGCUGCGAGUGAUGCUGCAUUUGGUGGAUAUAAGAUGAGUGGAUCUGGUCGUGAAGGUCUGCUGUAUAGCAUCGAGAAUUAUCUACAGACCAAGACCAUCGUGAUCAGGUCGGGUUGA